GGGCCUUCUUGGGGCUGAUUUACAUAAGGAGCCAUCAGCCAGCCCACUCAUUACCAUCUUUUAUAUCCCCCAGUACUGGGGCAGCAUCAUGGCAUAGUAUAGCACCAUCCUCCUCUCAAGCAGGUGUCAGCACCAGUCAGGUCCUCGCCAAACUGGACCAGCAGAGCCCAAACGGAACUUAUUCUUUGUCUACUUCCCCCUCCUUCCCCCCCUGUUAGUUCUAGGCCUAUGUUGACUUUUUAAUGUUCUCCAAAAUGGUGUCCAAGCUGACAUCCCUGCAGCAGGAGCUCCUCAGCGCCCUGCUGGACUCCGGGGUCACCAGGGAGGUUCUAAUCCAAGCCCUGGACGACAUGGACCCCCUCAUCCCCGCGGGCGGCUACGGGGUGAAGCUGGAGAGUUUGCCCCUGUCGCCCUCGCACAAGGGCGGCGGCGUCGAGUCCGACUCCAAGCCCGUCUUCCACACGCUCACCAACGGCCACGGCAAGGCCAAGCUGUCCGGGGACGAGGGCUCCGAGGACGGCGACGACUACGACACGCCGCCCAUCCUCAAGGAGCUCCAGUCGCUCAACACGGAGGAGGCCGCGGAGCAGCGCGCGGAAGUGGACCGCAUGUUGGCAGAGGAUCCAUGGCGGGCUGCCCGCAUGAUCAAAGGUUACAUGCAGCAGCACAACAUUCCCCAGCGGGAGGUGGUUGACAUCACCGGGCUCAACCAGUCGCACCUCUCCCAGCACCUCAACAAGGGCACGCCCAUGAAGACGCAGAAGAGAGCGGCCUUAUAUACCUGGUAUGUGCGCAAGCAGCGGGAGAUCCUCCGACAGUUCAACCAGGCAGUUCAAGGUUCUGGCAGCAAUAUGACAGACAAAGGCAAUCAGGAUCCAGUGUUUUUUUUCCCAGAGUUCAACCCGUCUGGUCAGGGCAUGGGUCAGCCCGGCGAGGAGGUCGGCAGCGAGCCCUCCUGCAAGAAAAUGAGACGUAACCGUUUCAAGUGGGGGCCCGCGUCCCAGCAGAUCCUCUACCAGGCCUAUGAGAGGCAAAAGAACCCAAGCAAGGAGGAGAGGGAGGCUCUGGUGGAGGAGUGCAAUAGGGCUGAAUGUCUCCAGAGGGGCGUGUCCCCCUCCAAAGCCCAAGGCCUGGGCUCCAACCUGGUCACAGAGGUGCGGGUGUACAACUGGUUCGCCAACCGGCGCAAGGAGGAGGCCUUCAGGCAGAAGCUGGCCAUGGACGCCCACUACAGCACACCCACGCACAGCAUCAACCCACUGCUGUCCCAUGGCUCGCCACAUCACCCCCAGCAAAGCACUUCUCCACCAAUGCGAUACAGCCAAGGUCCCGGCGAGGUCACGUCCUCCACCAGCAUCAGCCACCACGGCAGCAGCGCCAUGGCCACCAGCCAGUCGGUGCUCCAGCAGGUGUCUCCGGGAGGACUGGACCCCAGCCACAGUCUGCUGUCACCCGACGCCAAAAUGAUCUCCGGCUCUGGCGGAGGCCUCCCCCCAGUGAGCACGUUGACCAACAUCCACAGUUCUCAUCUCAGCCACCAGCAGACACAGAACCUCAUCAUGCCUCUCUCUGGAGUCAUGGCCAUCGCACAGAGUUUAAACACGUCGCAGUCUCAGACGGUGCCGGUGAUCAACAGCGUGGCGGGGAGCUUGGCGGCGUUGCAACCUGUCCAAUUCUCGCAGCAGUUGCACAGCCCACACCAGCAGAGCCUGAUGCAGCAGUCGCCCAGUCACAUGAGCCAGCAGCCCUUCAUGGCCACCGUCACACACUCGCACAUGUACCCUCACAAGCAGGAGCCCCCUCAAUAUUCCCACCCCUCACGCUUCCCCUCGGCCAUGGUGGUGACGGACGCCAACAGCCUCAGCACGCUCAGCUCCAUGUCCUCCGGCAAGACGGACGCUCCAGUAAACAAGAUGGUGCAACUCGGGGGUCUCUCCUGGUGUCCUCUUCAAGCGUGGUGAGAGCGCGCACACCUGACCUCCUCGCUGCCCGGCAACCGGAGCACAUUUUUUUCCACCCUCCUCCCGGCGUUACCACGGCAACUGUCCAUGCGGAUGAUGAAGUCAGCGGACAAACAAGCCAGGUCCAAGCGGGAUG